AUGGCAGCAGCGGAUCCAGAUCAAGCUACGGCGUCCGCACCAGACGACAAUGGAUGUCCAACGCCUCAUGGAGCUCAGCCCUUCCCGGCAGUGGAGGAGGCCUCCGGCGACUCCGAGACCAGCUUAGGUCCCCCCAGUGACGAUCACGCUGUCUUCGACGGGGACGACGAUGACCAAGAGUCGUGCUGCUGCCUUGACACUCAUGUCAUCGACGACGAUAAAGAAGAAAAAGAAGAAGAAGAAGAAGAAGUUGGUGAGGGCGAUGAAGCUGUGGUGACUACGAAGGGAGGGGAGGAGGAAGAAGGUGUGGUGGAUCCUGUAGAAGAUAACAGGCUAUUCUGGGAGACUUGUUUGGCUUCCGGAUACCCUUAG